UGUCAUUGGAUAAAUUGACGGCGAACAAAAAAUGUCAGUGUUAUUUAUAUUUUCGGAUUAAAUUUUCUAGUGCUUACGAAAACAGUACAUUUUAGAAUAUGUUUUUAUACAACACCGUGCUCAGAAAAAUUAAACUGUCCAACUUUCCAAAAAUUAAUUUUAGAAACUUUUCAAAUUAUGAUGUGAUAGUUAUUGGUGGUGGACAUGCCGGUACAGAAGCGUGUGCAGCCUCAUCUCGUAUGGGUGCAAGAACAUUGCUUGUUACUCAUAAAAAGGAAACAAUAGGAGAAAUGUCAUGUAAUCCAUCUUUUGGCGGAAUUGGAAAAGGUCAUUUAAUAAGGGAAGUUGAUGCGUUAGAUGGCAUUUGCGGUAGAUGCUGUGAUAUAUCUGGAGUACAAUACAAGGUUUUAAAUAAAAAGAAGGGGCCAGCGGUUUGGGGUCCGAGAGCACAAAUUGAUAGACUAUUGUAUAAAAAGGCUGUUCAAAAUGAAUUGUUCAACAUCCCCAAUUUAGAUAUUGUUUGUUCAGCUGUUGAGGACUUAUUAAUUGAAAGAUCUGAAGAGAUACGUAAUGGAGACUCAGUGAAUUGUUUGGGAGUUGUUUUAAAAAAUGGAGAUAAAAUCAAAUCUAAGUCAGUAAUUAUAACAACUGGAACAUUCUUACGAGGUCAAAUUAAUAUUGGCUUGGAAGUUAAACCAGCUGGAAGAAUGGGGGAUGAACCUUCAAUUGGUUUGGCCAAAAGUUUAGAAUCACUGAAUUUUCGAAUAGGUCGAUUAAAAACUGGAACUCCUCCUCGCAUUCGAGGUGAUUCAAUAAAUUACAAUAUAGUCGAAAAACAUUUUGGUGAUAAUCCUCCAGUUCCAUUUUCUUUUUUAAAUGAUAAAGUUUGGCUAAAGGCUGAAGAUCAAAUGCUGUGUUAUUUAACAUAUACAAAUGAAAAUGUAAAUAAAAUUGUAAAAAAUAAUCUUCAUCAAAAUCGGCAUGUAGCAGAAGAGAUUACAGGACCUCGUUAUUGCCCUUCGAUUGAAUCUAAAGUGCUACGCUUUUCCAAGAAAUCUCAUCAGGUUUGGUUGGAGCCAGAAGGAUUUUCUAGUGAUUUAAUAUAUCCACAAGGUUUAUCUUGUACAUUACCGGAAAAACUUCAGGUAGAACUUAUAAGAACUAUACCAGGACUCGAAAAUGCAAAUGUUGUAAAACCGGGGUAUGGAGUGGAGUAUGACUAUGUUGAUCCAAGAGAGUUAUAUCCUUCAUUAGAAACGAAAAAAAUAUGUAACUUGUUUUUGGCUGGUCAGAUAAAUGGCACAACAGGCUAUGAAGAAGCAGCUGGGCAGGGAAUUAUAGCAGGUGCCAACGCGGCGGCAAAGGCCUUAGAUAGAGAACCUUUAAUUUUAAGUAGGACUGAUGGAUAUAUUGGUGUUUUAAUAGAUGAUCUAACAACCCUAGGAACAAAUGAGCCUUAUCGAAUGUUUACCAGCCGCGCUGAGUUCAGACUUAUUUUGCGUCCUGAUAAUGCAGAUAUAAGACUCACAGAAAAGGGAUAUAAAAUUGGAAUUGUUUCUGAAAAUAGAUAUAAAAAACUUAUAGAAACAAGAGAGAAAUUAGAAAAAGGCAUUUCCAUACUUAAAUCUAUUAAAAAAGGAUCUAAUCAAUGGCGUAAGCAAUUAGGACUACCAUCUUCUAAAGCUUCUGUUGAAAAAAGCGCUUAUGAAAUGCUUUCCAUAGCAGGAGACAACAUUACAGUUCAAGAUUUAGUGAAUGUGGAGCCGAAAUUAUUUGGAUUUCUUAGGGAUGAAAAAGGUAUUUCAGAUCGUAUAAAAAUUGAAUCUUUAUACGACCAUUUUGUUAAAGAACAAAGCAAAGAAGUUGAAGAAAUAAGAACAGAAGAACUUUUAAUGAUUCCAAAGAAUAUAGAUUAUUUUUCAAAAUCUCUCAGUUUUUCUAAUGAAGAAAGGGAAAAAUUAUCGAUUAUUCAACCACAAACAAUUGCAGCCGCUAGUCGAAUACAAGGCAUAACACCAUCAACUAUUGUUCGACUGUUAAGAUUUGUAAAACAAAAAAAUAGUUUAAAAGAUUGUAAUUUUACGUAAUUUAAUGAAAAUAAAUUUGUUUUUGAAUUAAAAGUUU